GUUGAACACUCGCAGCGAAACGACGACGACGUCUUCGGUAUAAAGUAAAUUCCAUUCAGUUAAUAGAAGAUCCACGCUGCAAAUAUGAAGUGCCUGGCUUUGUUCGUCCUUUUGGCCCUCUCGAUCACCCUCUUUGCGGGCUCCGCGGAGGGCGGCCUCUGUACCUGCGACCUCAAGACGAAGGGUUCGGAGGUGUGCGGCUCAAACGGUGUAACCUACAAGAACCGCUGCGAGUUCGAGUGCACCCAGCGGGAUUACAAGAAACUCGGAAGGACCCUAAACAUCCAGAAAGAGGGAGCUUGCAAUUUGUUAAAGUAAU